GUCAGGCCCUGAAACAACUACUCUUUUUUUUUUCGCGGAAUUUAAUUUUCUAUUUCAUUUCGAAAUGUAUUUAGAUCUAAAAUGGUGUUAGAUCUAUACAAGAAAACGUACAUGAGCUUUAAAAUUUAAUCUACAUUUUUGUUUUAUUAUCCUCAAAAGCUAGAGGCUAAUAGUUCAUUAAUUACAGUGUCUUAAAUAGCAUUACAUUAAUAACUUUGUUUCUGAAUAGACUACAUGUGUAAACUUUUUAUAGUAACAGCCUAAACAAAACGAGAGCAACCAAAGCAAAAUGCCACGUUCGGGGGACUCAUUAUUUCAAUUAACGCCUAAAGAAGGAGAACCGAAACAUUCAAAAGUUGCAAUAAUGAGCAGAUCUAGUAAUGGCGUAGUUCAAGCUCUAUUAACUGAUUUAUAUCAGAUUACUAUGGCUUAUGCUUACUGGAAGAGUGGCAAGAUGGAUGACAUCUCUGUGUUUGACCUCUACUUUAGAAGAAAUCCAUUCCAGGGAGAGUUCACGAUAUUUGCAGGAUUAGAAGAAUGUAUCAAGUUGAUGCAGAGCUUUCACUUUUCUGAAAGUGAUAUUGAAUACCUCAAGACUGUGCUACCUUCUAAAACUGAUCCUAAGUUUUAUGAUUAUCUGGCCUCUCUAUCAGCCAAUGACAUCACAUUGUCGGCUGUUCCAGAAGGGGAGGUCGUUUUUCCAAAGGUUCCUCUCAUCACCAUCACAGGUCCUUUGGCUGUAGUUCAGUUGUUGGAAACUCCUCUGUUGAAUUUGGUCAACUAUGCCAGUUUAGUUGCUACCAACGCUGCCAGAUUUAGAAUGGCAGCAGGUCCAGAAACAACAUUACUUGAAUUUGGUCUGAGGCGAGCACAGGGACCUGAUGGUGGUCUAUCAGCAUCAAGAUAUUGUUAUCUUGGAGGAUUUGAUGGUACAAGCAAUGUCCUUGCUGGAAAGAUGUUUGGUAUUCCUGUCAAAGGGACUCAUGCACAUGCAUAUGUAACAUCAUAUAUCACCUUGGAAGAUCUUAAAAUAAAGACUUUAACAUCUCUUGAUGGAAGCAGUGAGUUUAAUUUCAUAGACCUUUGUUUAAAAUAUCAAAAAGAACUUGCAGGAGUUAUAGGUUUUUUGCCAGACCAAGUUAUGGCCGGGGAACUUGCAGCUUUUAUUUCCUAUGCACAAGCAUUUCCUGAAGGAUUUUUAGCCCUGAUAGACACAUAUGAUGUACUCAAGAGUGGCCUUCCCAACUUCUGUACUGUGGCUAUGGCCUUGAAUGAUCUUGGUUACCAGGCCCGAGGUAUACGACUGGACAGUGGUGACCUUUCCUAUUUAUCCAAUGAAGUAAAGGCUCGGUUUGUUAAAGUGGCUAACCAUUACAGUUUGCCAUGGUUUGAGAAAUUGACUAUUGUGGCCAGCAACGAUAUCAAUGAAGACACAAUUCAUUCAUUAAACCAGCAGGGUCACAGUAUCAACUGUUAUGGUAUAGGCACCCAUUUAGUCACUUGUCAAAAACAGCCUGCUCUUGGAUGCGUUUUCAAGUUAGUACAAAUCAAUAAAAAAGCUCGAAUCAAGUUGAGUGAGGAUGUGGAUAAAGUUACUAUUCCUGGCAUGAAGAAUGUCUACAGACUGUAUGGUGCUGAUGGUACAGCGCUAGUUGACCUACUGCAAGACUCAUCAGAAGUGCCACCAAAACAAGGAGAUCGAGUUCUGUGUCGGCACCCUAUACAGGAAUCUAAGAGAGCCUAUGUGAUACCAGCUUCAGUGAGAGCUCUGCAUGAAAUUUGGUGGCAUGAUGGGAAGGUUAUGAAGCCUUUGCCAACACUAACAGAGUUACGAGAAAAAACUAAGCAAUCUCUCCGAACUAUAAGACAAGAUCAUAAAAGGGCAUUGAAUCCUACGCCUUAUAAGGUGUCUGUCAGUUCAUCUCUCUACACAUUUAUCCAUGAGCUUUGGUUGGAGAGUGCCCCAAUAGGAGAAUUAUUUUAGAACCCAGUGGUAAUACAAUCCAUGUUUGUAUUUUAUAUUUAUUUCAUCACUGCUGACAUACAAAUAGUAUUGAUGUCAUAUCUAGAUGAGAUAUAAGAAAGCUUUGAAAAUUAAAUGAAAAAACCUAAUUAAUCUUUUUAAAAUUUUCUUAUGUACCAAAUAGUUCUUUCUUCAGAGUAGCUUUAAGCAAAUUAAGCAAAUUUCUAAAAUUAAUUUCAUAUAAUUGAAUUUUUUUAAAAUUUAUUUUGUUAUUGUUUUUUUGUUUUUUUUUGUAAUGUUUUAACUCUUAGUAAAAAAAUACUUUUUAGUUGUAUAACUUUCUUUGAUAUUGAGAAUUGUUUUCAACUGAUUGUGUUACAUUUUAGAAGCCAUUUUGUUUUUUACAAUUUGCUAGCUGUAGGCUAGUUUACUUGUGAUAUGUUGUAUUUAAAGCCAUAAAACCCUGUCCAUUUGUACAAAACUGCAUCAAAUAGUUACGCACAUCAAAACUUUUGCUUCUUGCUUUUCUGUUUUUUAUAUUUGUCAUUGUUUAUAUAGCUUGUUGUUUAAAACAAAAACAUUUCUGUUAUGUUUUAAUCUUGCAAUUUUAUUAGUGCACUCUCCAAACCCAAGCCCCUAAACAUGGUCAAAUACUUUGUUUUUUAUCCAGACAUUAUUUCAAGUUUUCCAUAUGUGAUGAUGAUCUACAUAUCCAUUUGGUGAUGAGAAAAUAAAAUUUUGUUUGGUCACACGACAAAGCAAAUCUAUAAGUUAUACAAUAUUUGACAAAUUUUUAGCAUUGGCAUAUGAGAAAACUUUUUAAAAAUUGUGUUUUGUUUAAAUUAUUAUAUUAUGUCUUCUAUUGUGUUAUGAAGGUAAUUAUGGUUCUACAAUUGUUUUUCUUCUUUUUGGAAAAGUAGAGGUUAUUAGUUGAGGGGCACCUUGCAUUCAGACCUUACCACUUAACUUCUCAUUUGUUUUUUCUGGUAAACUAUUAUCUUAGGUCAUUUUUGUAGUUAAUAUUUGUUAUUAGGUUGUAAUAAAUUUCGGUAAGAGAUCUUGUGAUUUGAUGAAAUGCAUUCAAGUAGAGAUCUGUUAUUAUUGUUGAUAUUUUUUUUUUCUAGCAUUCUUUAAAAUUAGUUGAGGUUUCCCUUAAAACUCUUGCUGUCCCUGUGUAGAUAGUUAACAUAGACUUCAUAGCAAACCAUACACUUCUAGCUGAGAUCAAGCACUUUUUUUGGAGUAGAGACUUGGGUGCAUUCCAACAAUCGAAAGUAAAAAUCUUACCAGUCCCACCAGGCGACUGAGAUUGUUUAGCCACAUUUUUCUUAAGACUAGAACCCAAAGUUUUGUGACCUGUUUGAUACUUCAUUUUUUUUAGAGGGCUUUACUAGCAAGCCUCUGGACAAUUGUAACUACUCUUUCAUUUUAUUGAAUCAUACUAAGUAGUAGAACUUCUUUAACUAGUUUCCACACAAAUCAAUACAUAGUCAAGCGAUUUUUCUGUUGUCUUGCUAUUCAAUGGAGACAAAACUUCCCUGUAUUCUACUUGUGAGUCUGUUAGGCCUGACCAUUCAUCCCAAUGGUUUUAUACUAGAUAGUCUGUAGCAGCCAGAAUGCUUAAAAACAUUUUGAACAUUUCUAACAUAGUAUAUUUAUCAAUGGUGUUGAAAGUACUUUGCAGAAAGUACUUUAUUUUUUAAAUUCAAUAUAUUUUUCUAAGCUACCACCACAUAUCUGUCAGUGUUUCACAUAUUUUUUUAUUCAUAAUGAUGCAUUUAAUUUUGUUAAAUUUUUAAACAUUUAUUUCAAGUUUAGUUGUAUUUCAUAUAAGCUUAUUAUCAUGGACCUUGAGGAGUCUGAGCAUUAUUUUUCUUUUUUUGACGUUUUUAUUUUUUAUUUUGGCUUAAACAGAAACCAUGUUUUCAUCACUUCUUUGUUCAGGUUUCCUUGAUCUAGAGGGCAAGGGGGCUGGAGUUCAAAUCUCAAGGAUGUUGUUUGCUGAAUGCCUAAAGGCAACACAUAAACCUUCUCCCAGAUAUAUCCCCCCCUCCCCUCACUGGUCCAUACCACACUGAGCAUGUUAAAAGCAGGAAAUAAGUGCUAUAUAGAAGCAGCUACAAAAAUAAAAAGAGAAUUUUAACGGUGUGAUUGUUUUCUUGUGACAAAUUGAGUCUGACCGUUAAGGAAAUUUUAUGAAUUAUCUGUCUUUAAGUUGUCACAAACAUAUUUUGCUACACUCAAAUAUUAUAUUGGUCUUGAUUACUCGGUUCAACUAUAAUUUUAUCAUAGCUUCUAGUAAUAGUAUUGUAUCAUGCUAACACUGUAAACUUUGCCAUAUCUCUAGUGAAAUCCAUACAAAUUAAUCAUUUUUUAUCUCUUUAUAAAUAAAACUUUAAAAAAAAAAGGGAAAGUUGUUAAUCAGGCAGGGUCCCAUCUCUCAAUAUGUGGGAAAUUCAGUGGAAGGAAAAAUAUAGCUUUUUUUUUUUUUUUACAAAAUUUUAUUACUUCAUUAUUUUUUUCUUUUAAUCUGAAUUAUUAUUUUAUUAUUCUAACAAGUAAAAAUAAUAUUAAUUCAUAUUCUGAUGAAUUCUAAAUGCUUGUGUUCAAAACCAUAUCAUUUUUUGAAUAAAUUUCACAAAAUAUUUAAUAUAUUUCGGAUUGGUCUAGCUUUAUAUUAUACCAAAAAAAAAAGGAGUUUUAAAAUAAUUUUUCUUGUUCAUAAUAUCACAAUCAAGUUUAAUAUACCUUUAAUUUUUUUUUUUCCAACCUUUUGUAAAUUUUAUAUAGUCAUAUAGAGUUUCAAUCUUUUUUCAUAUUUUGUUUCUUUAUGAUGGCAUUCAUAUACUUACCACUACAUGUGUUUAUUGUGAAAACAAUCUCCUUUAUUUUAUGUGAAAAUCUAGUCUUUUCAACAACUAUUCUGCACCUACUAAAUCAAAAUAUACAUUUCUUUAAGUAAUCUCUUGACUUCAGAUCUGCAUGAAAAAAAAAAUUAAAAAUUUUAUGUUGUGGAGGUUUUUUUUCUCUUCCAAAACUAUCAUCAUGUGUGAGGCAUGUAAAUAAAAAUAUUAUGUGUAUAUUUUGAAUGAAACACAAAGUAGAUCUUGUUUUUUAAUGUAAAUUUGUGUUCAAUUACAAUUUAUAGUUUUCUUCCAAAUACAGCCUGGAUUUAUUUCAAUGUUCAUUUAUUGCCAAGUUCAAAUGUUUCAAUUCAAAAAAUAUUUAAAAAAAAAACUAUGACCGAGUCAGACAGAUUUCUAUUGAUAUAUAGGGCAGUGAAUGUUAAUAUUAUUCUUUUUCUGUUCCGAUUGGAGCAUGAAGGCAUGUUGGUUGAGUGGUAAAACACUUGGCUUCUGAACCAAGGGGUCCAGGGUUUGAAUCCUGUUGAAGACUGGUAUUUUUUAUUUCAUGAUCUGCAAGUCCACUUAGACAUUAGUUGCAUAAAAGCAAAGGUGGUUGGUUGUUGUGUUGGACACAUGACACCCUCUUUAACCAUACCAUGGACCACAGAAUCAGAUGACCUUUACAUCAUCUGCCCAAGGUCUGAAAAGGGAACUUUACAAUAGAAGAAUGUUAUUCGUUAUUGUAAUAUCUUUAUGAGAUGCUCAUCAUAAUUUAGACCCUAAAUCUUUUCUGUUUUGACCAUUUUUAGACACAAACUGUCCCAUGAAGUGUUUCACAUUGUUCAAGUCUGACUAAUGACUUUGUAAUUUUGUUAUGCAUUGGUGUUAUCAGUUUGUAAUUUUUAUUUUUUUUACUUGUUCUAAAAAAAACAUGAAUUUAUAAAGAGCCAAAACCAAUAAUAUGGAACCUAUUCAUAAACCUUUAAACAUUUUUAAGGUUUUAAUUUGGAAUACUAUACACAUUUUAUUAUACAAGCUGGCAUAAUAAAUCAAUUUUGACUUUUUUUUUUAAUCAGCUGAUAUCUGGCAAACAUUACUUACAGUUGCAAUAUGAUUCAAAUAAUUUAAACUGAUGGAUAUGAUAUUGCUCAGGAGACAGCUUCUGUCAAAAAGAAAGUAUUUCCUGUGCUUUAUUUUGAAAAAAGCUUUGUUAUUUGCAUAGAGUUUUCUGUUUCCUGACAUUGUUUUUGUUUUUGCACUGACCCAUGUAUGAGACGCCAUGCCUGCUAUUUAUUCCUGUAUUGUUGAUAAUGCCUUUGGUUUGAAAUGACUGAAUACAUUCAUUCUACUUGUUCCAAUAUUUGGGACAAGCAAGGGUAGGUCACCCAUGUCCUUUAUUUAUUGUUAUUAUUAGACAAACUUUUAUUUAGAACCAAUUGUCUGAACAUUCUAGUUUGACCUUAAGAGUAGAUGAUGUUGACAUCAGUAAGAGAUGUGUUUAUAUUUAGAACCAACAAAUGUCCAAACAUUCUAGUUUUACUUACCUUAAGUGUAGAUGAUGUUUACACCAGCAUGUGAUGUGCUGAUAAUAAAUAAAUUUGUUUUAACCUUUAUUUAUCUACAUUGUAUACAUUACAAAGUAAUAGAUCUAUUGACAAAUAACCUAACACUAUUGAUUGUAUUUCAUCUAGCUAGUACAGUGUAAUAAGGAAGUAAAAAAAAGUAAUAGGACUCCAAUAAAAAAAUCAACUGACAUUUCCCUUGGCCCCUUUCACUGCCACAAACGCACAAACUUUUUUCCUAUGUACAUCAAUCUCAAAUUUUAUACAUUUCAGGGUAAGGCAUACCUAUAUUAAAAAAAAAAUCUAAAUCUAGACAUUUUUAUCAUUACUAAAAAAAAAAAAUUAAUCAAUAUACUAAAAAUGUUGCCCUUUCAUCUUUUUAGAAUUUGAUCAUUUCCCUAUGACAUGUCAUAAUAUUUCUUUUAAUGAAUACCCAGAAAUCACACAAAAGUAGAGUUGAAUUAUGGGAAAUUUCCCGUAGAGUCUACUUCAGGUGUAAAAUAUAAGGGAUAAGUGAAUUUGUGUUGUAUUUCGAACUGAAAAAAAAUUCUUUUGGGUACCGCAAAGAGAGAACUUGGACUCACUGACUAUUUAAUGACUAUUGUCUUUUUUACUAUCAUAAUUGUACCAUAAAAUAAUGGGUUCAUUAAAACAUAUUUAUAUAAAUUUCUAGAUCUAUGUCAAUGGGUGUGACAUACAAUUUUGAUUUAAUCUCAAACAAUAAAAUAUUGCAACACGAAUUCACCGACCUAUAUGUCUAUUAUUGUUGCUCCCCUUAUAUACACUUAAUGAUCAUAUCAUAUGGAGAGGCUUAAGGCUGUGUAAACUUCACAAUUCAAAUACAUUUAAACUUGCUGACUUCAGAAAAUCUGUGAAUAUCUGGACCUUAAUUCUUGACACAAGUUCUUAUCUAACACUUAUACAAAUUAUACAGACUUGAGAUACAAUUAUAUUUGACUUUGGUAAUCAGAGAUUGCUUGUUUAUGUCUAGUAAAUAAAUAGCUAUUUAAUUUAUA